CCCAGAUCUUUAGGCGUCAAAGUGGUAGUGGUAGAGUAGUCAAGUAGUUUGUAGUGGUUCGGUUCGUCUAACAACCGGCGCUCACUGCACCAGUCGUCGUUGGUGCAAAAGCGCGAGAACGGUGUCUUUUAAAUGGUUAGGUGAUAGUUCCGCUCCGAUUCGCUUUUGUUUUCGGCAUGGCCAGCGGUACUUUUGGCGAAAGUGAGGUGUCGUGGAUGAAAGAUGAGACCUCCACGCAAUCCACGUCUCUACCAGAAAUUAUACAGGAGGAGACCAAUCAGAUCACCACCGUCGUCAUAUUCGUUAUAUCGGCCGUGCUGACUAUAACGCUGCUGUUUGGGAUCGCCGUUUUCAUCGAUUGUCGACAGGAGAAACUACAAAAGAUGCAGACCAAAAAGAGGCCUAGGAAAAUUCUCAAGUUGAAACUUCCAAUCAAGAUUGGAAGGGUUACCAGAGAAGAUGAAGCAACAUUAGCCGACAAAAUGCACUGCGAGCCAUCACCCUCAAACUCUAUGGUGGUUUGAAUUUUCUGGACUUGGAUUACUUUAAUUCUACCAAUAUUAAAAUAAACGUCUAAUUUUAUAGUAGUAACAUUUUUUAUAUUUUUUAAUCUGACUUGCUGUCGAAUAGUAUUUUAAAAAAUCACUUCAAGAGAUUCAUAAAAAAACUAAAAUAUAUAAAUAAGAGCAACAUUACCAUGUACGUAUUAUAUUGUAUAGUUGUAUAUAGUUAUUAUUCAUCUGGGACAUUUAUUAGUUUAUUGUAUUAAAAUUACAUUUUUUUUGUUUUGAUCAUGGUGUGGAUUGUAUAUAUUUAAUGUAUUUGUUUUAUAUUUGUGAGUUUAUUUGAAGAUAUAGUUUGUGGCAGUACUGCAUAAAAAUGUUCGAAUAAACUGGUGUAUAUUUGUAAAAAUCAGUCUUAGUUGUAUAAGACAGAAUUUGUAUAAAAAAUAUAUAUUUUUAUUAGUA